AUGGGGAACUUUAAAAAGGAAAAAUCCAGAAGAACCCGUGAGGGAAAGAUAAAAGACGGUAACCUAAAAGUGAAAGGUGAAAAUUUUUACAGAGAUGGUAAGAGAGUUCAGUUCUUAAAUAUGUAUACCAAAGGUGGUGCUGUUAAGAAUAAGAAUGGUGACUUGAUUAGAGCUGCUCCCCUACAAGAUGCUACUAUUCCUACUGCUAGAGUUCAACCGGAUCGUCGUUGGUUUGGUAACACAAGAGUUAUAUCCCAGGAUGCAUUGGAACACUUUAGAGGUGCCAUGGGUGAAACCCAAAAGGAUACCUACCAAGUUCUAUUAAGAAGAAACAAGUUGCCAAUGUCAUUACUAGAAGAAAAAGACACUACAGAAUCCCCUAGAGCUAACAUUUUGGAAACCGAAUCUUAUAACCAUACGUUUGGUCCAAAAUCUCAAAGAAAGAAGCCACGUAUCGCUGCUUCAUCAUUAGAAGACUUGGUUAGCGAUGCUUCUAAUGAUAGCAAAGUGUUUGAAGAAAAACAAGAACUUAAUACAACCUUAGGUCUAAUGGGUGGUGAAACUGACGAAGAUGGAUGGACUCAAACUACCAAGGAACAUAUCUUUAGCAAAGGUCAAUCAAAACGUAUUUGGAACGAACUUUACAAAGUUAUUGAUUCAUCUGAUGUGGUUAUCCAGGUUUUAGAUGCUAGAGAUCCUUUAGGUACCCGUUGUAAAUCUGUUGAGGAAUAUAUGAAGAAAGAAACUCCUCACAAACACUUAAUAUACGUUUUAAAUAAGUGUGACCUGGUCCCAACUUGGGUUGCUGCUGCUUGGGUUAAACAUUUAUCGAAGGAACGUCCUACUUUGGCUUUCCAUGCCUCUAUUACUAACUCAUUUGGUAAGGGUUCUCUGAUCCAACUAUUACGUCAAUUCUCUCAAUUACACAGCGAUAGAAAACAAAUUUCAGUUGGUUUCAUUGGUUAUCCAAACACUGGUAAAUCAUCAAUUAUCAACACUCUGAGAAAGAAGAAGGUGUGUCAAGUGGCUCCUAUCCCAGGUGAAACCAAAGUCUGGCAAUACAUUACGUUGAUGAAGAGAAUUUUUUUGAUUGACUGUCCAGGUAUUGUUCCUCCUUCAGGUAAGGAUACAGAGGAAGAUAUUUUAUUCAGAGGUGUUGUUAGAGUUGAGCAUGUCUCCAAUCCUGAACAAUAUAUACCAGGUGUCUUAAAACGUUGUCAAAGAAAGCAUUUAGAAAGAACUUAUGAAAUUUCUGGUUGGAAUAAUGCUACUGAAUUCAUAAAAAUUUUAGCACACAAAGGUGGUAGAUUAUUGAAAGGUGGGGAACCUGAUGAGUCUAGUGUUUCUAAACAAAUCUUAAAUGAUUUUAACAGAGGUAAAAUCCCAUGGUUUGUUAGUCCGCCAGAAAAGAUCCCACCAUCUGAAGAAAAAGAAAUAACAGAUAAGAAGAGAAAGGCUGAUGAUGUUGAAGAAGAAGUAAAAGAACAAGAACAAGAACAAGAAUCCAAAAAAGUGAAAAGUGCUUAG